ACCGGCCUCCACCGGAUAUCCCCGCCUAGCCUAUCCCCUGCCCAUGGUAGUUGGGAACUGCCCCCCUCACCCCCGGUUGUCCCCUCCUCCUCCCGGGAACUCCCCACCUCUGGUUUCAGAGUAGUAGCCGUGUUAGUCUGUAUCCGCAAAAAGAACAGGAGUACUUGUGGCACCUUAGAGACUAACAAAUUUAUUAGAGCAUAAGCUUUCGUGGACUACAGCCCACUUCUUCGGAUGCACCUCCGAAGAAGGUAUCCCUCCCCCAGGAACUGCCCCCCCCCGCAGGUAUCCUCUCCUGGCUAUCCCCUGCCCUGGGAACCGCCCCCCACCAGGUAUCCCCUCCGCGCCUCCCCUUCCCCCAGGAACUCCCCCCCACCCGGCUAUCCCCAUCCCUGGGAACUGCCCUCCGUUGGCUGUUCCCUCUCCUCUCCUGCCCUGGGAACUGCCUCUGGGUACCCCUUCCCUCCCUGCCUAUCCCCUCGCCACAGGAACUCCCCCCCACCCACACACACACUGGGUAUCCCUGUCCCUGGGACCUGCCCUUCUUUGGGUAUCCCUUCACCCCACUCUCCCUCCAUAGCUAGAUACAUCACACAAACGUUUGACAUGCUCCCCGUCCUGUACCAUUUGGGGUUUAUGUCCAUAAGAUAUUUUUCACUUUGAGUUUCACACUGAAGGGAACUGAACUGUACAAAGUGUUUGUGUGAUCAGUAAAACCAUGUGCAUUUUGAGAUGUUUCAACAUCCAGGUCUUGAAUCUUAUUAGAAUGUGCCGUUUCUGUGUAUCAUUUACAUUAUUUUGAAUUUGAUUAGCUGGGAGAGGGGGUAGUUUUAGAGAAGGUAGAAGAGCUCACAACACAGGAAUAGUGCUGCUGAGAGCAUAACAAGAGGUUGUGCUGAGUUACUGCAAAACAGAGCCUAGAAGAAAGAGUAUGGAAAGGUGUCAAAGGAGACACUCCAGUGACCUAUGUGCGUGCAGAGUAUAAUGGUGUUAUCCUGGGUGACUCCCUGAAAAUUGAUGUUUCUUCAGAUGGGACAGUGAAAUAUAACUUCACCACUAGCUUUGAAUACAACUCUGAUGGGCCAAACUCGCUAGAUGACAUCGCACACAAACCCUUAUUCUGACAGUGUUCAUUUAGAGCAACAGUUCCACUGCAUCCAGUUCCUGGCUCUCCACUAGAGAGCCUUCGUCCAGAUGCCAAGUGUGGCCUUGAAGUGUCAGUGUCCAUCCAAGAGUCCCUGCUUUCUGUAUCACAACUUUCAGGUGGCAAUCUCCUCAGGGUUACCUUGGAGGCUGCUUAUUCUGUCCCUGAAGUGUUUGUUCCCACAGGACCCCAGCAAAACUACAUGGUUUGCUUGCAAGUACCAACUGUUGGAGAGAAAGAGUACCCCUUGGCAUUCAAGAACGGGAUCCUGAAGCUUGGUGGUGAAAAAGAGCCAAUACCUCGGCCAAAAAAAUGGCCCAUUAGCAACAUCCUGGCACCAGGAGCUCAAAACAUUCCAGACUCUUUUAUUGUUGGUGGCCCCUAUGAGGAGGAGGAUGGAGAGCUCAACAAAACAGAGGACAGGGAAUUUAGGAUUCAGGCAGAGAGCAUAAAGAAGAGAAUUGUUUGGGACUUGGAAAGGCGCUGUUACCUAGACCCUCCAGCAGUUCUCAGUUUACAGAAGCGCAUUGCAGAAUGCCGGUACUGGCCAGUGGAGAUUACCAGGGUGCCUGUGGUUACUUCCACCAAAGGGAAAUCUAGCAAGUUAGACAAGGGAGAUGAUGAUGGACAGAUUUUCUUCCAUGGCGUGGCAUACGUCAACAUGGUGCCUUUGCUGUACCCUGGUGUGAAGCGCAUACGAGGGGCUUUCCGUGUAUUUGCAUAUCAAGACAGUGAGGUGUUUGGGAAGACUAAGUGUCUAUUCAGCAUUUUACGUGAUCUUGGGCAUCAAGCCAAUCUGAACAAAUUAGGGCCAGUGAUCGCAGCAGCCAGCUCCCCUCAUUCAAAAGCUAUGCCCAGUAGGAACCAGAAAGAGGAUAAAAUGACCAAAGAGAAGGAUGUUCUAAGAAAGAUGUCCACUACGCUAAAAUCUCAGGUGUCAGAGACUGCUAUAGAAACUGAAGCAACAGUGUGUCAGAACCUGGAAGGACAGCAAUAUGUAGAUGCAGGGACAUUCCUGGUGAUGGAAAUAGAGCUGGCCAAGGCCUUGGUACCAAAACGAUUGCCGGAGGAGCUCGCCAGUCGAGUUAAGGAGAUGAUUCCUCCACGCCCUCAGCUACCACGCCGGAGUGCAGGAGCUAAGAAGGCUGUGGAAGAUUACCACAAUCAGAUCACUAAUAUUGCUGGAGCCAUUCUGGAUGAGUACCAUGAGCUGUUUGGGAAGCAGAUGGUUGAUGGUGGUGUAAUAGAUCAUCACACCCUGGAGGAACAGAAGUGUCAACUGAACUAUGAACUCAACAGCUCAGGAAAAUACUUUGCUUUUAAGGAACAGCUGAAGCAUGCAGUGGUGAAGAUUGUGAGAGAGAAGUACUUGAGGACAACAGCAUUAAACAACCUGGAGCAGCUACAAGCUUUCCUGAGUGAGCUGUAUGUGUACCUUGUGGAUCAGAUGCACAUUGCUUUAAAUCAGAUACUGUCACAGGAGAGUACUGUCGUUGCCUCACCCACCUUCACAAGCUGUGAGCAGCUGCGACUCUUUGCUCAUGAAGCCGAAGUCAAUGAGGACUAUGCUCUGGCAUCUGUCUACUAUCAGGAGAGGCUGGCUCGUGACCGCCAGAUUGUCCAGCACUGGCUAGAUUAUGGGGCAUUCUGCCUCCUGAUGGAGGAAAAUAUCAAAGCCCAGGAGUGUUUUCGUGAAGCUCUUUCUCUGAAUCCAAGUCACCUGCACAGCUUGCUGCUGUGUGGUAUCAUAGCUGUCAUGAUGGAGCACUAUGAAGAGGCAGAAAUCUUCUUUGAGGAUGCCACCUGCUUGGAGCCAUCCAGCAUCCUGUCCUGGACUCUCUUAGGUUUGUUCUAUGAAAUACAGGAAAAUGAUAUUCGGGUGGAGAUGGCCUUCCAUGAGGCUAACAAACUACUGAAGGCACGACUGGCUAAAGAGAAAAACAUCACUGAAGCUGCUGAAGGAGGAGGAAAAAAGCUGCACACUGUCUCUGCCACAGUUCUAAGAACUGUCACUUCUCCCCAGGAAGACACCCUACUAGUUCCAGAUGAGGCUCCAGAUGGCUUCCCGAAAGUACAGCCAGAUUCUGUAGAGCCUGUUGUAACCAUCCAGCUGCCAGAAGAUGAUCCUGCAGUUAAACUGACCAAGAAACUUUCCCCCACCCUCAGUAAGAACAAGGAGACGUCCCAGAAAGUAAUGAAGAAAACUAGUGGAGGAGCACUUGAUCCAUCACAUGCGGUGGCCCUUGUCCCCCUUUCUGGACUUUCACAGCCCUCCCACACAAUCUUCAUGGAGACCAUACACUUCUUGAUGGAGGUCAAUGCUCUACAGUUUGUUCACAGGGCGCUAGCACAUGAGCUACUGUGCCAGCAGGAAGGACCCAGCUGUGAGUAUUACCUAGUGCUGGCACAAACACACUUGCUCAAGAAGGACUUCUCUAAGGCUGAAGAAUGUCUCCGAGAGGCUAUCCAGAUUGACUACCUGAAUCCAAAUGCUUGGGCACAGAAAGGGCACCUGUGCUACCUGAGUGGAAAUCUUAGUGAGGCAAAGGAAUGCUAUGAGCGAACCAUCAGCUUUGUAACGGAUGCUUCUGAGAUACACUUUGUUUACCUGCGACUGGGGUCGAUCUAUCUGAAAGAGAAAGAGUAUGAUAAGGCAAAGCGCACCUAUAUGCUGGCCUGUAAGAAGUCCUCAUCCUGCCUGACCUGGCUGGGAGUAGGAAUCGCCUGCUACAGGCUGAAAGAAAUUGCGGAGGCAGAAGAUGCCCUCUCUGAGGCCAAUGCCCUGAAUAACAACAAUGCCGAAGUGUGGGCAUAUCUAGCGCUAGUUUGCAUGCAAGGAGGAAGGCAGUUGGAGGCAGAGCAGUCUUACAAAUACGCAAUGAAGUUAGAGCUGAAGAAUGAGGAACUGCUCCAGGAAAUCCAUGAGGUACAGCGAAUGGUUGGCUUCGGUAAUCCAUCGUUCUGAGCACUGCCUCUUCUCUGAUCUACGGUCUCUUCUGUUCAGUCAGGAGAUGGGUGAACAUCAUGGUCUUGGCCCUCAUUCACUAAUGAAACAUUCUAAACGUCCAAACUCCUGCUGAUAUAGUGGAUCAUCAGGUGGUCUGGAGAAAUUAAACCCCUCAAUGGCACGGGGGGGUGGGGGGAAAGGAGAACCCCUAGAUAGAAGGCCAUGGGAAUUAAUUCCCCUUUUAUGAUGUGUUACAUCAGUUCCUUGAUGUAACAUAUAAUACAUUCAUCAGCCCAGUUCAUCUGCUUUAUGAAAAAUAACUCUCAUGUACAAUAUAAGAAAUAAAAUAGCUCAGAAGCAAUUAACAUGGGGUGAGACUCUGAAAAGUAACUCUAAAAAUGGUAUCACGUGGUUACAAGUUGAUAGUUUGUUAAUAAUUUUUCAGAUCCUAUUCACUUAGUUUAGGAGUAAAAAUAUAGGUAUUUUCCUCCUAACUGCCAGCUCCGUAAACUCCAUCUGAGAUCUGAAAGUCAAACUGAGUUCUUUCAGGGUUAUACAUCUUCACCAGUAUUAAAGCUUCUGCAGUUGACAUGUAAUUAGCGGUUUGGCUGAUGAUGCAUGAGCCAGAAUGGAUUCCAGCUCUCUCUCCCAUAGCUGUGUGUAAGCAGUGGCAGCAAGUGUAUAAAAUAGUAAAAACUUACUAUUGUCGGUAAGCAGAUAUGACUUGAAAUAAUGACAGUGAACAGAUUUAUUGAGUAAGAAGGUACCAUUUUUACAGUCACUUUUCAGAGUAGAACCAUAUUUUAAGGACCAUUAUCAGAAAAGUAUCUUAGGAAGUGAUUAUAGUCAAAAAGUAAGUGAAUGGUUUUAUUAUAAUACACUGGUACUUGACUAUUGGAUACCCAACCACUAUCUUUUACUGUUAGGGUGGGGUUGGUAAAAGAAAACUACUCAUAAACCAGCAGUUAACCACUGAUAUUUCCAUCAUUCAGAACUGGUUUUAUCAGGAUUAUACCUUUAAAAAAUAUACAUCUUUUCCUUAUUUGGAGUCUUGUUCUUAUUGUAGCAGUUUUGGCAGCCAUAUAGAAGGAAGGGUAGGAGAGAUUAUAAUGCUGCGUUAAUUUUAUUCCUAAUAAAAUUAAGUUUCUGUACUUGAAA